UCCCGUGCUUCGCGCCACGAGAGCCCCACAACCUCGACAGAAGAACUUGUUUCCAGCAUCGCGGCGCGGCGAGCCCCGCGCCGCGGCGUGUCCCAUCCUUCACGCCGCGCUAGUGCCACAAUGUCGACAGAGGGUCUGCUUAUCAGGCAUUGCGCCGCGGCAUGCGUCGCGCCGCGGCGAGACUUCACCAAAACGCCGCGAGGGUGUAAUAUCCCGUCAGUUUAUCAGCAUGACUCUAGAAUUUGGUAUCUUUCGAGAUGACUCUAGAAUUCCUCAGGGUUCACGUCAGUAUUUAUCGACCAUUUUUGGCGACUCGUCAAGAGAUUUGUGUGUCUUAGUAAUCAGUCAGAAUUUUAUCACGUGUUCAAUAAUUUUAAACUUUCUCAAUGUUCAGAUGCCGCCCCGUAGGGAACCCGAUCAUCCGACUCCUACUCAGGCCACAGUAGUCGCCCAGUUCCGCGACUAUCAUGCCGAGAAAUUCUCAGGGCAGGGAGAUCCUCGCAUCGUAGACGAGUGGAUUCAGGGCUUGGAGUUUAUCUUCGAGGUCAUGGAUUGCCCUGAUAGAUAUCGCGUAAUUUGCGCUCAGCUUCAGCUCACCGGUGAUGCCAGGCUCUGGUGGAACGCUUACUGGAGCAUGCGUCCCGGCGAGAAGGCGGGAUGUACGUGGGAGAUGCUCAAGGA